AUGUCAUGUAGCAGAUGUCUAGAAGAGUCCUUUCAUAGAAAGAAAGGUGAAUUAUACCAUUUAUGCCUAAUAAUAAGUAUGGAAGAAAGUACUGGAUUAUGCAAAGAACUAUUUGACUACCUUACAGCGGAAUAUCCUCAUGACAAUUGCAAGUUGUCAUUUGAACCGGAUCAACAGGGUGUUAAGACUCCUUUUUUCAUUGAUAAGAAUGAAUCCCAGGCUGAGUUGGUUUGUUUCAAAUCAACAUUUGUAAAAAUAUUCAAAGGGGUCCAUAAGGAAUUUACAGAGCUGGUUACCUCGAGCACUGAUCUGGACAAUUGCUGUAAGAUCGAUGACAUGGAGAUUUAUUAUAUGACCGUUGGUUUAUUCCUUACCACAACAGAAAACAAAACCGUAUUUAAUCUCCAUCAAUCCAUCUUAAUAAAAAUUAUCAGAAACUUUAAAGUGAGAGGGGGAAAUGAAAAGGAACUUUAUCGAUUCUUAGAAAAGGAAUUAAGGAUGGUCCAACGACUUCUGACCUCCACAAACAAUAAAUUGAAUAAAUCUUCUUCGAUGUGGUUACUAUACAAGAAAUUAUAUAUUCUGAUUUUGGAACUGUUCCCUGAAAAUAAACUUGAUUAUUUGGAUGCAUGCUUUAAAGCGGCUCGUUUACAUCCUGCUAAUUAUUACUGCUGGAAUACGAUAAGAUGGUUCUUUGAUAAUAUCCCCAAGGAGAAAAAAUUGGAACUCUUUACCAAAGUUAAGAAAUUUUGCUUUCAAAGAGGAUCCGACUGUUCUUCCUGGGAUACUCUCUCAUAUAUUGUCUGCCAACGAAAUCGGAAAAUAGAUCACAACAGAAAUGAAUACAGGAGAAUAUCGAAAAUGUUUGAAGAAAUAUUACCCGGCAGAGAUCCUGUUAAGGUUGAUAACUCUUUUCCAGAAUUUAGUGUUUCUCAUACGUUUCAGGGCAUAAUAGAAAUGAUAGAGUUAUUAAGGUUAGAUAAAUGGCCACCAUAUUUGUGCUUAUUGAACCUUUUAAAGACGUUCCCCGAAAUUGACCGAAGCUGGUUAUUCCAAAAAUGGACGGAAGAACUUCGGGUGUUUGAAGAGGAAUUUGGUCACCUUUACUUUGAAUAUGACAAGCCUUUGGUACCAGAAAAGUAUGCAGAUAAUCUCUUGCUAUCUCGAGAUAUUAAAUAUUUUGGUUUCAAGAGAUCUGUCAUGAAUUACUUUUAA